AUGGCGCCCGGCAAUCAGCCCCUGCCAGUCAAGCGCAGAUCGAAGAAACAGAAGCAUCGGCGUGAUAUACAGGCCAAGAAGGGAGAUGCCUGGUUGGCCGACAAAGACUAUGUGCCCAGAGCCACCCGCAUGGAGGGGCAAGCGUGGGUGAAGCGAUUGGAGAAAGCCAUCAGAUACUUCGACGACGUGCCUUCGGACAGCGUGCCGAUGGAUUGCCAGUGGGAGGCCUUGAGUCAGAACGACCCACAAAUUCACAGAAAGAUUCUCGAUGGGGCUCCAUUGCUGGUCAACAAGAAGGACGACCUGCAGCGCAACCGCAUCAUAUGGUACAACGGCCUUGAUGGCAGGCACACGUUCAACAGACGUAACAAGCACGCGUCGAUGAACUGUGCGCUCGUGCGUCUCGCAAUCUGCGACAACCCUCCCCGCCCGGUCUCGAAGGUCAUGCUUCUCUACUUCAAGGCGUGUCAAGAGCAGGUGGACACUCCUAAGAUCAGCGAAGACCGAGAGACUUUUCUACGAGAAUGGAUAAAGCCGGAGUCUGACGACAUCUACAUCUUCAGUUACACGGAGAUGAAGAAGUUGUCUCAAUCGUUUGGCCGCAUCCAUGCCAAUGCGGUCAAAGAGGUCACCCAGAAGCAAGACAUGGACGAGUUGGAGCGUGGACUUGCCAACAUGGAGAUGGAAAAUCCCUACGAGAAGCUGGCCAAGCACUACGCGUCCUGGGGUGAUGGCGAGGGGAGCGGAAAGACCACUGACUCUUCAGAGUAUAGGGAGAUGGGAGAUUUGGUGAACGCCGCAAUUGAUUUCUGCGAUAGGGUCUUGGCCGAGUACCCCCACGAAGGUAACGAGCACCUCGGAGUCGAGGCAGAACACGUUAUGAGCAUCCACGCUACCGUCGAUAUGAUGAAGAAAGUGGAUGACCUUUUGAGCGCCUUCGAGAAAGUCAGUAUCUGA